AUGAGUUGUUUAAUGCUAAUGUGUUUCCAAAUCCGAUUUUCUGAAUAAAUUGUGUUUAUAACAUUUUUAACCGAGCAUGUAUUGGUAACUGAAGGUAAAUAGUUCUGUUUCUCCCACGUCUUUAUUAGUAUGUUAUGGUGCAGUGUUGUAAAAGGUCGUAGUUUUAUGGCUGGCUGCCCUUUCCACUCUGCAGCUAGAUAACUUUAGCUUAUGGUUGGCUAGCUACCAGCGUUUGUUGACAGACUUGUAGUUUAUAUCUAUUCAACAUGAUCACAUUUUUGUCUUUAUGGUUCAAAGCUGCAGGAAAGUUGCUCAUUUUGUGCUGUGCAAUGUCUGUUGGAUCAUUAAUAGACAAAAUUAGGGGAUUCCCCAUUGUGAGGGAUGAUACUUGCUUGAAUUAUCCAGUGUCGACAGAAACUACACAGUGCACGUUUUGCACAUUUCCCGUGUCUGUAAUGUUUUGAGGUUAAUUGCGUUAAUUAAGUCAUUCUGCCAUGGUGCAUCCUUUGGCAGAAAUAUCUUAGUGCCUCUGCAUCCUGUAUCAUCAACACGCUUCUCACGCUGUUAUUUAGCUUCAAAGGCUGGACUGAGCCAGGAGUCUGUGAAAUAAACCAAUCACCACAUAGGAACAAGCUGUCCUGACCCUCCCACCUUCAGAUGCCACCAAUCAGUCCGCCCCAGUGGGAGGAGUGGUGGUUGCUGGCGAAUAUUGAUCUACCCGCUCACUGUGCUCAAAUAGUGAAGUUUUUGAGUAUUUAGCUCAUUCUGAGCCGGUUUUAGGUUGCCCAACAGGUCUGUCAGUGUCUGGCUGCUACACACAGAGAGGGACCAUGUCUUCUGCACGCCCUAAUACACUCUUUGGGAUGGGAAACCCCUUACUGGACAUUUCUGCUGUUGUGGACAAGGACUUCUUGGACAAAUACACGCUGAAGCCCAAUGACCAGAUCCUGGCUGAAGACAAACACAAAGCACUAUUUGAGGAGCUGGUGAAGACAUUUAAAGUUGAGUACCACGCUGGAGGAGCAACACAAAACUCUAUAAAGAUCGCCCAGUGGAUGAUCCAAGAACCCCAUAAUGUGGGGACGUUCUUUGGCUGCAUCGGCAAAGACAAGUUUGGAGAGAUCCUGAAGCAGAAGGCUGAGGAGGCCCACAUUGAUGCCCACUACUACGAGCAGAAUGAAGAGCCCACAGGAACGUGUGCAGCUUGUAUUACUGGAGACAACAGGUCUCUGGUAGCGAAUCUGGCUGCUGCAAACUGCUACAAGAAGGAUAAACAUCUAGACCUGGAAGAAAACUGGAAGCUGGUGGAAAAAGCCAAAGUGUAUUACAUUGCUGGUUUCUUCUUGACCGUCUCUUUGGAGUCCAUCCUGAAAGUGGCAAAGCACGCAUCUGAAAAUAACAAGCUAUUUUGCCUGAACCUCUCUGCACCCUUCAUCUGCCAGUUCUUCAAGGACAACCUCAUGCAGGUUUUGCCCUAUGUAGAUGUGCUGUUUGGGAAUGAGACGGAGGCAGCUGCGUUCGCUAAAGAGCAGGACUUUCAGACUGAAGACUUGAAGGAAAUUGCCAAGAAAGCUCAGGCUUUGCCCAAAGUCAACAAAGAGAGGAAGAGGAUCGUUGUGUUGACUCAGGGAAAGGAUGAAACAGUCAUGGCCCUGAGCGACAAGAUUGAGACUUUUCCUGUGCUGAAAAUUGACCCUAAGGAUAUCGUUGACACAAACGGUGCAGGAGAUGCUUUUGUAGGAGGAUUCCUGUCUGAGCUUGUUCAGGAUAAAUCACUGGAUCAGUGUGUGAAGGCAGCACACUACGCUGCCAACGUCAUCAUCAGACGAGCAGGAUGCACCUUCCCUGAAAAACCAGACUUCAGUUGAGGAGGAUUUCUGGACGACUUCCUUCAGUUUGAAACCUCUCUCACUUUAUUUUUUAGUUUAGCCAACCCGUCCAUUUUUUUUUUUUUUUUUUUUCCCUAAGCCAUCCGCACAAUUAAGUUCUAACUCAGUGUCUCCUGACAUCUGUGCCUCUCUCCGUGUCUUCCACUUGGGGUCGCUAGAGGAUCAUAAAGCCUCGAGCCGAUCAGUUGAUGCAGUUGACUGAAACAUUAAUAACAGCAUCAAGAAAGAAUGGCAACACCUCUGGAGGGAAUUAUUUAUGUUGCAAAAAAGAGGAUAUAAAUGGAAAAUUUGAUUUUAAUGGACAGUUUAUGAUUUUAUGAUCCCUGCCAAUGUGGGUCUGCCAACGCUCAGCUGCCUCUUGCGCUUGAAUCUGGUGUUUUUUCACUGACUGAAUCACUGGUCACAAUCUCAUUUCACUGUGGGACUACAUAUACAGGACUAAAAGAAUGAAGAAUCACUGAGGGAGGUUUUUUUUUUUUAAUACUGCGGGAGUGAUUUUAUUUUUUAAUAAUUUUAAUUAUUCCUGAUUGCCAUUUUUUUAGGAGUAAUCUUAACAGGCCAGUCAUAAAACCAAAUUUUGUUAAGCGCACACUUGAUACAUAAAUAACUUGAUAAAUGUGUCCUUCGGGGACUGUUAAACGUGUCAUUAAUAUUGGUGUUAUCGUUAACAUGAGCCGUGUGAAAGUUUUUCUGUAGGCUGUUUGAGGAAUAGACGCAUACGCAGACCGGACGUCAUCAUCACCUCCAUAGUCGACUGGUCAAAACCAGCCUGUAGACACAGAGGUGAAUGAAGAACCUGCAGUUUUUGUGGAUUAAAAGCACUGUAACCUUUGUCGGGCCAAGUUCAGUGGGUUGUUAUUUACCCCAGAUAUGUCAUAAACCUCAAUACUGACAUUAGUCCUUUUAAACCAUAAAACUGCAGCUUUUUUUGUUUUUUGGUUCUGCAUUUGUUGAAAGGACAAUCUUGACCAGUCCACAGCAGUGGGAUGAAAUGUUUGUGUCUAUGGUUGGAGGAGUUGCCUGAGCUUAAGAGUGCCUUUUUAUUCUGGCAGCAGUAUUAAGUGUGAAGGCUUUGCAGAUAGUCUGGUUUGUGUUUGAGAGAAAUGAGACCAGUGAUGGGCAACACAAAGCGUGUCUUAAAACAUGUUCUUACUGUGUGCUGAGUUGUUUGUAACAUGUAUUGAUUAAAUGUUUGAUAUCAGAAAAUUACAGUGGGCAUUUAAAUACCCUUUCCUCUACAGCUGUUUUUUUUCUGAUCUGGGUGUAUUCUGAUCUCUUGAAAUAUCACUGUACUAUCUGUGUUGUAGGUAUGAGGAAUUUAGGACCAAUCAGAACAACAGCUGCAGAUGGUAUACACAAAAGAAUUAAAGGUCAAAUAAUCAUACAUUUACCAUCAGAGCUGUGAAAUGUUCUGAAACUUGAAUAAUUUUCAGUACUAAAUGUGAAUUGUCCCUCUGUUUAAUAAGUCUUUGUAUGUUCAGAUGCACCAAGAAGCCUUAUCAAACCUCUGUCUUGUUUGUUGGACUGAUGUUGCCCAUCUCUGUGACCGUAAUGCCUGAAAUAAAUAAUAAAACUUAAAAGCUUGAU